GCGGCAGUAGUAGCAGCAGCAGCGGCGGCGGCAGCGGCAGAAGCAGCACCCAGUCUCCCUGGGGAGCAGCUGCCGAACCCCAAGUCCCUUGGCACUACCCCCCGAGCCCUCCGGGAGGGACGCGAGGGGUGCCUGGCCAGCUGACGCCUGCCUCCGGAGCUGGUGGCCGCGUGGGGGGGCGGGGAGGGUGCCCACGGUGGAGGCAGGAGCCCCGACUGGUAGGGGAGAGCUGCAGUGCCAGGGGAGAGCGCUCCCAGCCCGGCCGCCCGGGCACCCGGGGCUGGGGAGCCGCCGGACUUGGGCGAUGGGCGGCGCUCAGUGACGCCGCCGUUGCCCGCUUGGCAUCAAGGACAUCGAGCCCUCCGGGGGGGUGGGGUGGGGGUGCAGGGGGCAGCCCCCAAUCGUCAUUGCAGUCUCGGAGAGCCUCCACUGUUGGCCGGCUUUGGGGGGUAACCGGACGACAGAGGGGUGCUUGGAACCGCUUAUCAAUUUUUUGGACAUCUCUCCUCCUCGGACGUUGGAAGAGGAUCUAUUCAGAGCCAAAGGCUUGACAUUAUUCUUGGGUUUUUUUUUUCCUUUUUAAACCUCUUUCCUUUUCAUCUGUGGAGUAUUUUUGUUUGGGAUUUGGGAUUGAAGAGGCAUACAGAGAAUCAUACACACACGCACAUACAGAGGGAGAGACAGAGGGAGAGAGAGAGAGAAAGAGAGAGAGAGAGGCAGAGAGACACCAUCUGCAGUGUCAAUGCGGCGCUCCCGCUGAAGGAGGGAAAAGCGGCAAUCCCAGGGGAAGACUCAUCCUGGGUCCCGCUCCUUUGAAGUGCCUCUUGGUGCGUGACUAUUCCGGUGGCCAAGAGGACCUGUUUCUGAGAUGAAGGCCAUGCCUUGGAAGUGGACUUGUCUGCUCUCCCACCUCCUGCUGCUGGGGAUGGGGUCUGCAGCCCUUCUUUCCCGACAGCCCCCAUCCUCAGCCCAGAAGCGAUCUUUUCUCACUUUUACUGCAGAGCCCACUGAGGGCUUCAACCACCUCGUGGUGGAUGAGAGAACAGGGCACAUCUACCUAGGGGCUGUCAAUCGUAUCUAUAAGUUGUCCAGUGACUUGAAGGUCCUGGUGACCCAUCAGACCGGGCCCGAUGAGGAUAACCCCAAGUGUUACCCGCCCCGAAUUGUCCAGACCUGCAACGAACCCCUCACCACCACCAAUAAUGUCAAUAAGAUGCUGCUCAUCGACUACAAGGAGAACCGGCUGAUUGCUUGUGGGAGUCUCUACCAGGGUAUCUGUAAGCUUCUCAGGCUGGAGGACCUCUUCAAGCUGGGAGAGCCCUUUCACAAGAAGGAACACUACCUGUCCGGGGUAAACGAGAGCGGCUCCGUCUUUGGGGUCAUUGUCUCUUACAACAACCUGGACGACAAGCUGUUCAUCGCCACCGCCGUGGAUGGGAAGCCAGAGUACUUCCCUACCAUCUCCAGCCGUAAAUUGACCAAGAAUUCUGAAGCCGACGGGAUGUUCGCUUACGUCUUCCACGAUGAAUUUGUGGCCUCCAUGAUUAAGAUACCUUCCGACACCUUCACUAUCAUCCCUGACUUUGACAUCUAUUAUGUCUAUGGAUUCAGCAGCGGCAACUUUGUUUAUUUUCUGACCCUCCAGCCAGAAAUGAUGUCUCCUCCAGGUUCCACCACCAAGGAACAAGUUUAUACCUCCAAGCUGGUGAGGCUGUGUAAGGAGGACACGGCCUUCAACUCCUACGUGGAGGUGCCUAUCGGCUGCGAGCGAAACGGGGUGGAGUAUCGCCUGCUGCAGGCUGCCUACCUGUCCAAGGCCGGAGCCUUCCUGGCCCGGACCCUGGGGGUUCGCUCUGAUGACGACAUCCUUUUUACUGUGUUCUCCAAGGGUCAGAAGCGGAAAAUGAAGUCCCUGGAUGAAUCGGCCCUGUGCAUCUUUGUCCUGAAGCAGAUCAAUGAUCGCAUCAAGGAGAGGCUGCAAUCCUGUUACAGGGGGGAGGGCACUCUGGACCUCGCCUGGCUCAAAGUGAAGGAUAUCCCCUGUAGCAGUGCGCUCCUAACCAUUGAUGACAACUUCUGUGGCCUGGAUAUGAAUGCUCCCCUUGGUGUUUCAGAGAUGGUCCGUGGUAUGCCCAUUUUCACAGAGGACAGGGACCGAAUGACCUCAGUCAUUGCCUAUGUUUACAAGGAGCACUCAUUGGCUUUCGUGGGCACCAAGAGUGGCAAGCUGAAAAAGAUCCGUGUGGAUGGGCCCCGAGGAAAUGCCCUGCAGUAUGAGACCGUGCAGGUGGUGGAUCCUGGCCCGGUGCUCAGGGAUAUGGCUUUCUCCAUGGACCAUGAACAUCUUUACAUCAUGUCAGAGAGACAGCUCACCAGAGUUCCUGUUGAGUCGUGUAGUCAGUAUCGAAGCUGCAGUGAGUGUCUUGGCUCAGGAGACCCCCAUUGUGGCUGGUGUGUGCUUCAUAACACGUGUACCAGGAAGGAGCGAUGCGAGAGAUCCAGGGAGCCUCGCAGAUUUGCCUCAGAGAUGAAACAGUGUGUCCGUCUGACAGUGCAUCCCAAUAACAUCUCUGUUUCACAGUAUAAUGUCCUGCUGGUCUUGGAGACCUAUAAUGUCCCAGAACUGUCAGCUGGUGUCAAUUGUACCUUUGAAGACCUAUCUGAAAUGGAUGGCCUAGUGGUGGGCAACCAGAUUCAGUGCUACUCCCCUGCAGCUAAGGAAGUGCCUCAGAUCAUCACUGAGAAUGGGGAUCAUCAUAUUGUCCAGCUGCAGCUCAAGUCUAAGGAGACAGGCAUGACCUUUGCCAGCACCAGUUUUGUCUUCUACAACUGUAGUGUCCACAAUUCGUGCCUGUCCUGUGUGGAGAGUCCCUAUCGUUGUCACUGGUGCAAAUACCGCCAUGUCUGUACCCAUGACCCCCAGACCUGCUCCUUCCAGGAGGGUCGAGUGAAGCUUCCUGAGGAUUGCCCUCAGCUGCUGCAAGUGGACAAGAUCCUGGUGCCAGUGGAAGUGAUCAAACCGAUUACCCUGAAAGCCAAGAACCUGCCCCAACCACAGUCGGGUCAGCGGGGCUACGAGUGCAUCCUCAACAUCCAGGGCACCGAGCAGAGAGUCCCUGCCCUGCGCUUCAACAGCUCCAGCGUGCAGUGCCAGAACACCUCUUAUUCCUAUGAGGGAAUGGAGAUCAACAGCCUACCUGUGGAGCUGACUGUUGUGUGGAAUGGGGACUUCAACAUUGACAACCCAGCCCAGAACAAAGUCCAUCUCUACAAAUGCGGGGCCAUGCGGGAAAGCUGCGGCCUGUGCCUCAAGGCUGACCCAGACUUCGAGUGUGGCUGGUGCCAGGGGCUGGGGCAAUGCACUCUCCGCCAACACUGUCCCACCCAGGAGAACAAAUGGCUGGAGCUGUCGAGUACUAAUGGCAAGUGUACCAACCCCCGCAUCAAUGAGAUCAGCCCAUCCACAGGUCCCCGGGAAGGAGGCACCAAGGUGACUAUCCGAGGCGAGAACCUGGGUCUAGAAUUCCGAGAUAUUGCCUCCCAUGUCAAGGUGGCGGGGGUGGAAUGCAGCCCACUAGUGGACGGAUACAUCCCUGCGGAACAGAUUGUGUGUGAGAUGGGGGAAGCCAAGCCCAGCCAGCAUGCGGGUUUUGUGGAAAUCUGCGUGGCCGAGUGCAAGCCCGAGUUCAUGGCCCGCUCCUCCAAGCUCUACUAUUUCAUGACACUGACCCUGUCUGACCUGAAGCCCAUUCGAGGGCCCGUGUCUGGGGGCACUCAAGUGACCAUCACCGGCACCAACUUGAAUGCAGGCAGCAACGUGGCAGUGACAUUUGGAAGCCAGCCCUGCCUCUUCUACAGGCGAUCCACAUCCCACAUCAUCUGCAAUACCACUUCCUCAGAGGAGGUGGCUGAAAAGUCCAAGGUGCUAGUCCAGGUGGACAAGGCGAAGAUCCACGCAGAUCUCUACUUCCAGUACGUGGAAGACCCCACCAUCCUGAGGAUCGAGCCCGAGUGGAGCAUCAUCAGUGGAAACACCCCCAUUAUUGUCUGGGGGACACACCUGGACCUCAUCCAGAAUCCCCAAAUCCGAGCCAAGCACGGAGGGAAAGAACACAUCAAUGUCUGUGAAGUCCAGAAUUCUACUGAGAUGACCUGCCAGGCCCCGGCCCUGGCUGUGGAUCCUGACCACCAAUCCGACCUGACCGAGAGGCCUGAGGAGUUUGGUUUCAUUCUGGACAACGUCCAGUCCCUGCUGAUCCUUAACAAGACCAACUUCACCUACUACCCUAACCCCGUAUUUGAGGCCUUUAGCCCUUCAGGCAUCCUGGAGCUUAAGCCUGGCACCCCCAUCAUUCUGAAGGGCAAGAACUUGAUCCCACCGGUGGCCGGGGGAAACAUGAAACUGAACUACACCGUGUUGGUGGGAGAGAAGCCAUGUGCUGUGACAGUGUCGGAUGUCCAGCUGCUCUGUGAAUCUCCCAAUCUCAUUGGACGGCACAAAGUGAUGGCCCGCGUAGGGGGCAUGGAGUACUCCCCGGGCAUGGUGUACAUCUCCCCAGACAGCCCCCUCAGCCUGCCCGCCAUCGUCAGCAUCGCCGUGGCCGGCGGGCUCCUCAUCAUCUUCAUCGUGGCGGUGCUCAUCGCCUACAAGCGCAAGUCCCGUGAGAGCGACCUCACCCUGAAGAGGCUGCAGAUGCAGAUGGACAACCUGGAGUCCCGCGUAGCCCUGGAGUGCAAAGAAGCUUUUGCUGAGCUACAGACAGACAUCCAUGAACUGACAAGUGACCUGGAUGGAGCUGGAAUCCCCUUCUUGGACUAUCGAACAUAUACCAUGCGAGUGUUAUUUCCUGGUAUAGAAGAUCAUCCUGUACUCCGAGACCUGGAGGUGCCGGGCUACCGACAGGAGCGCGUGGAGAAGGGCCUGAAGCUCUUUGCUCAGCUCAUCAACAACAAAGUGUUUCUGCUGUCCUUCAUCCGCACGCUGGAGUCCCAGCGGAGCUUCUCCAUGCGGGACCGGGGCAACGUGGCUUCCCUCAUCAUGACGGUCCUGCAGAGCAAGCUGGAGUACGCGACGGACGUGCUCAAGCAGCUGCUGGCCGAUCUCAUCGACAAGAACCUGGAGAGCAAAAACCACCCCAAGCUGCUGCUCCGAAGGACGGAGUCAGUGGCUGAGAAGAUGUUAACCAACUGGUUCACUUUCCUCCUCUACAAGUUCCUGAAGGAAUGUGCAGGGGAGCCCCUCUUCUCCUUAUUCUGUGCCAUCAAGCAGCAGAUGGAGAAGGGUCCCAUCGAUGCCAUCACGGGGGAAGCCCGGUAUUCCUUGAGUGAAGACAAGCUCAUCAGACAGCAGAUUGACUACAAGACCCUGGUCUUGAGCUGUGUAAAUCCAGACAAUGUCAACAGCCCUGAAAUUCCAGUGAAGAUCCUCAACUGUGACACCAUUACCCAGGUCAAAGAGAAGAUCCUUGAUGCCAUCUUUAAGAAUGUACCCUGUUCCCACAGGCCUAAAGCUGCUGACAUGGAUCUGGAGUGGCGACAAGGGAGUGGGGCUCGGAUGAUCCUACAAGAUGAAGAUAUCACCACAAAGAUCGAGAAUGAUUGGAAGAGACUCAACACAUUGGCCCAUUACCAGGUACCAGAUGGCUCAGUAGUGGCUUUAGUCUCCAAGCAAGUUACAGCUUAUAAUGCAGUGAAUAACUCCACCGUCUCCAGGACGUCAGCAAGCAAAUACGAAAACAUGAUCCGGUACACGGGGAGCCCCGAUAGCCUCCGUUCCCGCACUCCCAUGAUCACACCUGACCUGGAAAGUGGGGUCAAGAUGUGGCAUCUCGUGAAGAAUCAUGAGCACGGGGAUCAGAAGGAGGGUGACCGGGGAAGCAAGAUGGUGUCUGAAAUCUACCUAACCCGGCUACUGGCCACCAAGGGCACUCUGCAGAAGUUUGUGGAUGACCUCUUUGAGACCAUCUUCAGCACUGCCCACAGGGGAUCCGCCCUGCCCCUUGCAAUCAAGUACAUGUUUGACUUCCUGGAUGAACAGGCAGACAAGCAUGGCAUUCAUGAUCCCCAUGUCCGGCACACCUGGAAGAGCAAUUGCUUACCUCUAAGGUUCUGGGUCAACAUGAUCAAGAACCCCCAGUUUGUGUUCGACAUCCACAAGAACAGCAUCACUGACGCCUGCCUGUCCGUGGUGGCUCAGACAUUCAUGGAUUCCUGUUCCACGUCGGAGCACCGCCUAGGCAAGGACUCCCCGUCCAACAAACUGCUCUACGCCAAGGACAUCCCCAGCUACAAGAACUGGGUAGAGAGAUAUUACUCAGACAUCGGGAAGAUGCCAGCCAUCAGUGACCAGGACAUGAACGCCUACUUAGCUGAGCAAUCCCGCAUGCACAUGAAUGAAUUCAACACAAUGAGUGCCCUCUCCGAGAUCUUCUCCUAUGUGGGCAAAUACAGUGAGGAGAUCCUCGGACCCCUGGACCACGACGACCAGUGUGGGAAGCAGAAACUAGCCUACAAACUAGAACAAGUCAUAACCCUCAUGAGCAUAGACAGCUGAGAACUGUCCUUCCGAGACUCCCUUGGAGGGGGGACAUACCAAGCCGUGCCUCAGACUAAAUCAUCAUCUUUACCAAGUGCAAGUUCCGACUGGCUACAAGCAUCACCUGAGCAGCGCUCUCCCUCUCUCUCGCUCUUGCUCUCGCUCUCACGCUCUCGCUCUCUCUCCUUUUCUUCUCUCUCUCUCUCUCUCUCUCUCUCUCUCUUUCCUUUUUUUUUUGCUCUGCCACAUUCUUGGUGGGACCAAGCCACCCAGUCCCCAGCCAUCCUGGCAAGACAGAAAAAACAUGGAGUAGGAGCAGACAGAAGGACACAAGAGCUGAGAUCUCUUUUCCAGCUGCAGCCCACCCUCAAUGAUGAAUGGAUGAUGAUAUCUCCAGAUGGACAGGGGUCAUCUCUGUGCUGCUUUUGUUUCCCCAUAGUUCCUUCUUUGGAUGGACCCAUGGCCUAGGGAAUGGACAGAGGAACUCAGUAUUAUGUUGGCUGGGAAGACAAGGACACAGUUUUCUCCUUUUGCCUGACAUCCAACUCGAGCUCUAGCCAAUGGUCCCUUCACUCAGCGGCCUUGAGAAGGAAAGCCUCGCCUUCCUGGGUAAAGUCAAGGUUUCAAGGAAGAGACGCCCAGAGAACUCACCCCUUCUUCUGCUUCUUUAUUGCUGGAAUUCCUCAGGCUGCCCUCCCUCUAAUCCCUAUAGAGACCAAGCCCCUCUCUUGGUUCUUUCUCUCUGGAGAAAGUCAUUCGGAAAGAAAAUGUUACAAUGGAAAGACACCUGGGUUCAAAUCCUUUCUUCACUAUUUACUACCUGUGGGACCUUCAGUUUCCUCAUCUGAAAAAUGAAGGAGAUGUACUAGAUGGUCUAUAAUAGUCCCUUAUAGGUUUAAGUCAAUGGUUCCAUGAAAAACUGUGAUCUGACUCCAAUAGCACAAAAAAUGCAGUGUAUUGGAGAAGAGAAGUGGUGGGAUGGGAUGGCAGGGGGAUUGUCCUGUCUUAGAACAAGAUUUCUUAUUUUUCAUCUACCUUCCCAUUUAAUUGAAUCGCAACCAUCUCCCCAGGUCUAAUCCAUUGAUUCAUCUCUUCCCAGGGCCUCACACUGAACGACAGAAAGCAAUUGCUGCUCCAGUAACUGUCUUUCUAUUCCCCAUCAUAAUCACUCAUCAGGGGUCCCUCUGAAACACAGAUUGUGUCUGGGAGAUGCUUUUCCCCAGUUCUAAGAAAGGAAGUCUCCACAGCCUUCUUUACUUUCUCAGCAGCUCCCCACUACUGGGGCUGAUACUCAGCUCACACACUUUCCCCUUCAUGGUUCCAUCAGCAUCCAAGCUGUCUCACCUGUAACUCUCUCCCUCAUUACCCUUCUGGACAUCACCUAUGAUUGGUGCUCCUGAGCAGCCUUAAAAUGGCCAAAGCAAAGUCCUGGCUGGCCUUAACAAGGAUGAAUAGUGGACCUUAGCCUAAGGACAAAACUGAAGGAAGAAUCACUCUAACUCUGUCAUCUGUCCAAAUCCUUGCUUGAUUAAAUCCAAAGUUUAAUCCUGAGCGGGCAACAAACACACAGAUAGACAGGCGGGCAGGCAGAUAGACAGAUUGGGGCUUCACAAUGCAUGAUGGAGCAUUAAGGUUAGAAUCAAGAGAGACCUUAGAAGCCACCCAGUCCAAUUCUCCACCCAACACGAGUUGUCCCUUCAAGCAGCUCGAGCCCCAUGUGAUGGCCCACUGAGGAGACAAAGAAGCAGAAGAGAAGCACCUUCUAGGGGAUGUGCUGGUAGGGGAGGUCAGCUCUACUUCCCUAUUACACUCCUUACCAUCAAAUACCUUUGUUACUUAUUUUUAAUACAGUCUAGUAGGGAGAGGAUGAAAGUUAUAGCUUUUCCCAGCCCUUUGGGGGAGAUUGGAGGGAAGGAUGGGGCUAUCUUAGAAAGUGUCUAUAUAUGAACAUGCAUGUGUAUGCAUGUGUGGCUGGGACAGAGCUUCAAGUCUGGAGCUCUUGUAUGUGUAUCUGAGACUUCUGUGAGGGAUCACCUCAUAAUCAACUCAUCCUGCAACUUAAGGACAUUUAUUUCAACAUUUGCUAAAUGAUUCACGUACUCAUAGUUAGAAGGAAGAGGAGAGGAGAGGAAAUGGUGAUGGGGAAAGCUUCACCCACCUAAAAGAAGCCUGUUUAGUUGCCUGACAAGUUUCAGAUUUUGAUGGUUUGGGGGCUGGGGUGGGGAGGGUGAGGAAGCAAGAAAUAAUGGACAUCCUGGGAACAGCAGAGAAUUUGACAGGAAAAGAAAGGACAUAUUAGGUACGUGGCAAACAGAAGUAGGAGAAUGUGAAAAGAUUCAUUUUAAGAGAGAGAAAAAAAGAAAAACCAAAUGCUUUGGUGAAUGAAUUGCUAGGUGGAGAGACUUAGAAAUUACUUUUUAGCUGGUUACUUCUCUUUCCUCUCAACAACUUAUAGGACCAGGCAGGCUGAACAAAGUAAGCAGGGGGCUGGUCAAGGAAGAACCUGGCCACUGAAAUUCUUUUGCACAUAUGAUGGGGUUGGGGAGGAAAUGAGGGAGACACAGAUCUAUUUAACACAAGUUUGCCGAAUGGAAACUGUCUGCGUGGGUGCAAAUAUGUAUGUGUGAAUAGGCUUUGAUUUUUUUUUUUGCACAACUAGAAUGAAAAAAAAGCAGCAAAGAAUACUGUUGUCAUGGUUCUGUUGAAACUUUUAUUUUUUAAAGAAAUGUUAUUAUUGUUGAUAUUGAUAUUUUGCUGGUACAGGAUUUUUUCUCCCUAUUUUUGUUGUUGAAAAAAAUUUACAAUUGCCUGAGAGAAAUAUAUGGUCUUUAAAAAAGAAAAGGGAGAAAAAAAGAUCACCAUAUCACAGCCUCCUUAUUUCUCUUGGGAGAUGGUAUUUUAAUUUGUAAAGAAGGAAUUUUUAGAAUUAUUGUAGUUGUUAUUUGUUUCUUUCUGGUCCUCUGAACAUCCAGUUUUUCCCUUUGUCCAGACAGCCUUGAGACCUGGAAUCAUGGGAAUCUCCAUGGCCAGAGUCCGUCUUAUGUUUUUUGUCACUUUUUCUUUCUAUUUGUUUCAUUUGGAUUCUCGGUGCUCAUGUGAUAUAGUAGAAAACUAAGGUAAAAGGCUGAGAGUGAGAGAUAAAAAGGACCCAUUCCAUCUUUUCAGCUGAGAAGCUCGGUCUUCCUCACAUUCCUUAUAAGCAUCCAAAGGGUCAAUGGAAAUUUGCAGCAUUUAGGGCUACGCCACUGGGGAAAGAGAAAAAUUAGACUGAAGGGGCAAUCCUCUCCCCUUGAAUUAUGAGGGGUUCUUUAUUGGAGGCUAGGAAAACCUCUGUUUCAGAGUUGACUCUCAUGGUCAUAGCUAUACCAUAAGGUAGAAACUUCAACCCUAAAAUCUCUGAUCAGAGAAUAGGGGGGAAGAGUUGAUCUCUUCUCCUUCCCUUCUUCAAUGUUAUCCUAAUCAAUCAACAAGCAUUUAAUAAGCACUUACUGUGGGCCAGUAGGACACAGUAGAUUUAGUUCCUGUUCUCAAAGAGCUCAUAGAACAGAGGAACUGUGAUUCUUUCCUCCCCCUGUCCCUACUUUAUGCUUUUCCUCCCUAUGACUUUUGAGCUCUGGUCGUUCAGAGGGUGACCUCGUCCCUCUGAGGGGUGAUUGCCUGCUCUCCCACCUCUUCCCUUUUGGGGGAAUUGAACAUAAAGGUAAAGAUGAAUCCUUAAGGAAGGAAGGGAGCCACUGUUAGCUAUUUCUGUCCAGGGACUGAAAGGUUACCAGAGCUGAUGUCCACAGAGAUUCAAUCUGCACCCGACCUCCAUGUGGGGGUCGUUCAAAUACCUGACAUGCUUUUGUGUUAGUCUCUAUGGCCUUCCCAAAGGAAAAAAGGUUUCUUUGCUUCCCUUUCCCUCAAAAGUGAUUUCGUGUAUACCUUCCUAGAGUCACAUGGGAAAGGGGGAAUGUACCUGUGCCCAGACUGGGAUUAAAAUUAAUCCCCAAACACCCACCCAGACUAUACUGAAAGCCCACUCUCUGUACCCUAUAGCCAAGGGGGUAGUUGGGAGCCACUGUCCCAGCCCCCAAAAGAGACAGCUUAGAACAAGGAAAUGAGGAGAAAUACAGGGGCCUGAAUUGAUUCAAUGCCAAAGAAAAUAAUUUAGGAAGAAUCUCCUACAGGCGGGAGUGGGGAGCAGUUUCAGUCAGUCUGUUCCCAGGCAGGGGAAGGAGAUGCUGGCUGGAAUCCCCCCUUACUCCUCACUCCUUCCCUGUCCCUUAGGUCGGCCACCCCCUCUGCCUGCAGCUCUGGAUGCCAAACUUCCUCUAAGUGAGCCAGAGGAAGCCAUGUCCUGCUGUGCCUGAGACCAGCUGCAUGCGUGGCUCAGUGCCUGGCAGCUUCUUCUCUGCCCCCUUCAUGGCCAUGCAUGUCUCCAAGGUCCCUCUCCUUCUUCAGCCCCAUGCACGAGAGGCAGCUUCUGCUUGGAUGUUUGUGGAAUCUCUAGGAUGCAUGCUCUUGUCUCUGCUUUUCCCCACAGAACUAGUCUCUUACCUUCCUUCCCUCCAUCAGAUCUGCCCAUCUGCCUCCCUCUCCCCUUCCUUCCUCUCUUCUCCUUCCCUCUCCCCCCCUCUUUGUCUCUCUGUCUC